AUGGGAUUGUGCCAAAGCGACGAGGAAAAAGUCGGCUCUUUGAAAAGCCGCGAGAUCGACAAACAGAUCAAACUUACUCAACAUGCUGAUGAAAGGACUGUCAAGCUUCUACUUCUUGGUUAGUAUGAGAAAUUAAAAUAAGCUGUUCUUCAAGAUCACUUGGAAAAGAAGGCUUACUUAACAAUUUCUGGACUUGAGAAUAAAAGCAGAAAGGUGUGAACAGCAGUACCUUUUCAAAACUCGAACUUUUCAUGGAAGAUUUUGACCUAAAAUUUUCAAAACGGAUUUUUUGCAGAGUAUUUGGAGGCGUGUGAAUUGAAAGUUUCCUAUGAAAUAAACCUAAUAAAAAAAAUUUUUUGGGAAAAAAAUGAAAAAAAGAGGCUGCAAACUUUUGAAUAAAUUCAACUCAAACAGCGUCUAGAUAUUAAAAAUGUGAGUUUAGAUGAACCCCUCAAGUUUAAAAAAAAGCACUUCAAACUCUUCAAAUAUUUUUUCUAGGAGCUGGAGAAUGUGGUAAAUCGACAGUUCUCAAACAAAUGCGGAUACUUCACAACAAGGGGUUCACCGACGAUGAGAUGAUACAGCAGAGAAAGGUUUGAAAACAUUACUCAUAAAGGAAUCCAUUUCAUUUUUUUCUUUCCAGAUAGUCUACAACAACACAAUCACAGCGAUGGCCGCACUUCUCAAGGCAAUGUCGACCUAUCGAAUCAAUUUCAUGAAUCACGAUCGUGAGGUAAGUUUUUUUCCCCUAAAAUGCCCAACCUGAUAAUAAUAAUUCCCAUUUCAGUCCGACGCUCGUGUCAUUUUGGACAUUCUGAAACAAGGUCGCGAAUCUGAGGCCUUCACUACAGAACUCACAGUCGCUCUGAAGGUGCUUCGGCAUGAAAGAUAUAACGAUAAAAAUCAGCCAAAAAAGUCCGAGUAGACCUUGAAAAAGUUUCAAAAAGGGCCUUUUUAUUAUGCUUUUUUGUUAAAAAGAGGUUUCACGGAGUUAAAAAGGUGCUAAAAAAGAAGAAUUAGAAAAGUUCCUACUUUGAAAUCAAGAAAAGUCUUUUUUCUCUUUGAAAUACGAAAAAAAAAAAUUGAGCACAGAAGUGGCUAAAUUCUGCAGUUUUUCGAGUGCUCCAUGAAGAAAAUUCAUCAUUGGUGGACAAGUUCGAGCAUCGAUUUCGAUUGACUUUUUUCAGUCUCUCUUAUCGAAAAAAAGGACUAUUUCGCCAAUUUUUCCGAGACUAUUUUCCUUAAAAACCACUGACUCUUCAAAUAAUCAACCAAACCAGCGAUGAAUCAACUAUUUACCCAAGAUUUCAUUUCCGCUCAAACUAUAUUCAUUUCCACUUGAAAGGCUCGAAAAUACUGUAAUCAAGGUCAAAAACAUUAUUUACUCACUACCUUGUACUUUCCACACAUUUAUGUGAAAAAAUAGCAUAAAUUUGAAAAUUAUUGAAAAAAUAUGUCUUGCAGAAUCUUUGGAACGAUAAAGCCGUGAAGGAGAUUUACGAGCAGAAACGAUUGGAAUGUCAUCUCCAUGAAAGCAGUCAAUUGUGAGUAAAGUGUUUGGUUGCAGAAUAAAAACUAACCACUAAAAUAGUCACUUUCAGAGCUCAAGUUUUGAAAAAUUAAAACUGUAAGUGGUCACUUCUGAAGUCAAAAACGAUUUUUCAGGAGUCUUUUAUUAAUAGUGAUCCCUCAAAAUGAGUUUCUCAUUUUCUAAAUUUUUAGAAAAAAAAUUUCAAUGAAAUUCAUAGGAUUUUUAAACUUCGAGGAAUCACUAAAAAGGGUCGAAAUGAAUCUUUAGAAAUAACUUUUCUCGAGAAAAAUCUUUAAUCUGUGUUCUACUCAGAUAAUAUCAUCUUUUCCUAAAUUGAACAUUUUCAGCUUCUUCGAAAGCAUUGAGAGAAUCGCCAAUCCUAACUACAAACCAACGGAAAUGGACAUUUUACUGACACGAACUAAAACGACGGGAAUCGUCGAAGUCUCGUUUGUUAUUAAAAAAGUUCAUUUCCGGUAAGUUAUUAUCCAUAUUGACUCUCUUGAAAAAAAUACAAGAUUCGUGUAAAAAAAUACCAUUAAAUUGAGUUUAAAAAGGUCAAUGCUAGCGUAUCAAUACAAAGAAAAUAAAAAAAGAGUAAACUCACUUAAAUUUUACAAAUCUCAUAUUGACAUUGAAAAGUUUAUUAAUUUUAUUUUUCAUUUAGUUAUUGUAAGUAUAAUAUCGGUAACUAAUACUCUAUCAAAUUAUAACCCUCCUAAAAAAAUCAAAGUAACAAUUUGAACAAUGAUCGUGCCCAGAAAACAAUAAUCAAAACCCUUUUUUCUGGUUACUAAUAACUUCCGCCAAGAGCUCUCAAAGCCCAAUAAUCGUCAUUUCCUCGAGUAAUGUCGGGAAAAGAGCUGUUUGCCAGAACUUUAACUUUGUAAAAGUAAAAGAAAAUAAUGACGAAAAAACCUCUUGCAGUGUUUUCGACGUCGGCGGUCAACGAUCGGAGCGCAAAAAAUGGAUUCAUUGCUUUGAAGACGUUAAUGCCAUAAUUUUUAUCGCCGCCGUGAGCGAGUACGACGAAGUUCUCUUCGAGGACGAAACAACGGUAACAUUCUGAAUAAAAAGAAACUACACAUUUUUUUCUUUAUAAAUAAGUUCACAUUAUGCCACAAAAACCACAUCUUUUUUUGAAUACCUUAAGAGCCCGAAAACCAUUAGAAAACUAAUAUACAGCAAAAUUUUUCGAACAAAAAAAUGAAGAAAAAAAUGAAAAAAAUUCUGAUAUUUUUGAAAAAAAUUCCCUCUUCGCCACAGGGCGCACUUCUGCUUUUAAUUUUUUUUUUUUGUUGGAUUUUUUUCCUGUUUCGUCUGAUUUUUCAUUUUUCCGUUGAUAUAGAUUGUUUGAAGUUUUUUGCUAAUGCUUUUGAAGGCGCACAGAUCUUGAAAAACUCGAAAGAGCACUAAAAAAUCGUCUCUUUGAGACAUCAAUUGAAUUUGAUCAUUUUGAACUCGCCGAGGCGGAACAUUUCCUGCAAAACUACGUUCUCGCAAGUAAAUGUAUUAAAUUUCCCUAGACACAUUCAAACUUGUUUUUUUCUCACUGUUGGCAAAAAUUCACAUGCAAUUAAGCCUGAGAAAUUCUUUAAAUUGUAGCGCUUGCACUUAUUUUCUCCUGAUUAAACCAAAAAUAAUGUCACCUGCCGAUCCUGAUUCUAAUUUACCCGAAAACAUUAGUGCAACGAUAGGAGAAAAUACAUUCUAUAAAGGAUUUACUUUCGGAGAAAAGAAACUUUGAAUUUCAGAAUCGAAUGAUCGAGUCGAUGCGGCUCUUUGAAUCGAUUUGCAACUCGCGCUGGUUCCACAACACAUCAAUUAUUUUAUUCCUGAAUAAAAAGGAUUUGUUCGCGGAGAAAAUAAAGAGGGUCAACAUAACGACAGCUUUCCCUGAAUAUCGAGGUUAAUUUUUUUCUCGUUUCGAAAAAACUAACUUUCAAAAUUUCAGGACCACAGACCUAUGACGACGCCGUCAAAUACAUUAAGCACAAAUUUGAGAAUUUGUCAAAUAAUCCGAAAAAGAACAUGUUCGUACAUGAAACGUGCGCCACGGACACGGAUCAGGUGCAAAAAAUUCUCGAUUCUGUUAUUUCCAUGAUUAUCCAGCAGAACUUACACAAGUCUGGAUUGUACUGA